GCCCUCAAACACGCGGAAUUUAUCUGGCUAUAAUCCACUAAAUCCGUUUUGUUUCAAAUAUCACCAUUUUCCAAGAAAAUGCAAUUUUCCAUGAAAGGUCCCAAAAUAUCGGUCAGCUGAAUAUUGGUACCCCUACGGGCCCGAUGAUCAGGGUAUAAAAACUAAUGUGGUCUAGCACCCAACAAGUGCGCGUCUCCAUGGCAGCGAAACCGGCGAUUUUCGCCCGUUUCCACUUAAAAUAAGACCCUUUUUAUAAUCGAAAUUUGACUACUAAAACUGAUUGGAAUCGGUCCAGAAUUGAUGUUAAACUGUUCCUAAGGCUUUAUACUAUUUUUCCAUGUACAAAUCAUAAGGUAAAAACCUUUUCUUAUACCCGAAAUCAUCGUCUGAAAAUGGUCGAUUUUGACGUCUACCCGCGAUUUUGAUGCCGAGUUUUACGGCGGUUUUGACAACAUGACAUGACGUCAACGUGAGCAGUCAACGUCAACGUGGAUGUAUCGGCUCGGACUUGCUUCUUAUUUUUAUUGAUAAAAUGCUUAAAUUAGCUCAGAAUUUCCUGAAAUUGGUGUGAAAUUAUUCAAGAGACUCUGUAGAAUCCGAUUAUGUGCAUAUCUUCUAUCAAAUCAAGUUCUUUUAGCCGUGAUAAUUCUUGUGACAGUGUUUUCAUGUGACAAAAGGACUCAUACAUGGCAUUUUGGGUGCGGGAGUGGAGGUUUAAUGUGGACUAUUUAUUUAUUUUACCACAAAAUCUAACUGUGGAUCAUUGUUAUUAUUUGAAUAAGUUGUAAAGAAAACGCAAGCGUUAAAGUUUUUAGGUUAGCAAUAAUAAUUAUUAGGCUUAUUAGAUCUGCAUUUUGCUUUGCAACAGUGAUAAACCAAGCCAGCAAGCAAAAAUUUUGGACAAAUUUGGAUCAUUGAAUUCUAUUGUAUUAUUUGGUUUUUCAUAGUUCCAUUUUACAAAAUCAAAGGAUCUCAAGCAAUAAUUAUUGGACUCAUAUAUUGACAAAACAAGCAAGCAAGCAAAGUUUUUGGAAAAAUUUGACUCAUUGCACCAUAUAGUACAUAUUUGUCUUCUAUAGUUCCAUUUUACAAAAUCAAAGAUGCCAAAAAUGAGUAAAAAGUCUGCUAAGACAAAGAGCCUCCAGAAAAAAGAAAAAUAUUUAUCCAAGAAGCUGGCAAAAAAAGAGAGUGGCACCAAUGACAAAAAUUUAGAAACCUUAGGUAAGGAAGUACAUUUGCAACAAAAGUUGCCCAAAGAUAAGAUUCCAGAGGAUAGUACAAGAAAGGUAAAUUUUAAUAAAACUGUAAUUGAGUCUAAUAAGCGAAAAUCAUUAACGGUUAUUGAUGACAAUGAUGCAUUGUCAUCAAAAACUGUAACUCAGAAAAAACAAAAAGUUAUUGAUUCUUUUAAAAAGCUAUCCCAUACAGAUGAAAUUGAGAAUAAUGAAAAGGAGGCGGAACAUACUAGAACCAAUUGCCCAACAAAGUUUGAACUAGCUUUAAGAGAAGGCCCCACCAUUGUAUGCAGUUGUUGUUUGCGAUUAUGGUUUCCCACUUCAUGUAAAAAAAUAGAUCUACAAGUGCUAAAAAACAAAUUUGGAAACCAAUUCACUACACAAAUUUGCAAUGAUGAUGGGGUUUUCUUCUGCAAGUCUUGCUCAUCAAAUAUUUAUAAAGGACAAUUGCCAAAGUUCUGGUCCGGCAAUCACAAUAUUGUUCACCCUAUACCAGUUGAGCUAAAAGAUCUGACUAUCCUUGAAGAAAGGAUGGUGUCGGCCAGGUUACCUUUCAUGCAAAUCCGGCAGGUAGGAUAUGCACGACAGUGUUACAUAACUGGCCAAAUAGUCAAUGUCCCUAUAAAUAUAGAUACUUCGACCAAAUUAUUGCCUAGAAAUGUAGAGGAGACACAAACUAUUCAGGUUAAGCUCAAGAGAAAAAUGAACUAUAAAAAUGAUUAUCUCCUGGAAACCAUACGGCCCGCAGUUGUUUUAAAAGCAGCAAGAUUUUUGUGUCAACAACCUCUUUACAUACAAGAAGGUAUAAAGCAAUCAGAUGAUUGGGAAAAAAAUAUUAAUGACUAUAUACGAUCUCAAGUAGAAUCCUCUACACAGAUCUUAAAUGAAGGCUCAAAAGUGGUGGACGUGAAUUCUAAAACAGUGUGUAGUGAAAACUUUGAAGAAUUGUUCGAUAAUGCGUUUUUCGAAACAAUGGAAGUGCCCCUAGAAUCUAAGAAUGACGAUAAAAAUAUUCAAGCAGAAUCUUCAAUUGAAAAAAACACCAUAUACAAUUUAGAUGAAUUCUUAGAUGAAGAAGAAGAGCCCUUAAAUCCUGGAGGCCAAGAAACUUUGCUUGACAAAUGUAACCUAGAAAAUAUCUGUUUUGCCCCAGGAGAAGGUAAAACGCCAAUACAUUUGAUGCUUGACCAGUUUAGCGAUGAACUCUCAUUUCCUACACUUUUCUGUGGACAUGCUAAGCAAUUUCUUACAAAAUUCUCCUAUUCUGACCAGACGAAAAUACUACUCCAGCACAAAGACAGGCGAUUUGCAAGGACAGACUAUCUGUUGUAUACCUUUAAAAAACGUCAACUAAUCCAAUUAUCCAGUGCAAUUGCAACAUGUCUCAGGAAAAAGAGGAAUGAGGAUGGAAAAUAUACAGCUGGACAAGUAAAACAAGCAAAUUUUCUAGACCAGCUGAUUCGAAGUGACAUGGGAUUCCAUUUUCUUGGUAAAAUUGCAGGUUCACCUGCUUAUUGGAAACACGAAAAGACAAAAUUACUGUGUAUGAUUCGUCAAUUUGGAAUCCCUACACUGUUCUUUACCGUUUCAGCAGCCGAAACCGCAUGGCCCGAAUUAAUCAAGGUAUUAGCACAAGUUAUUGAUCAAAAAGACGUUACUUUAGAGGAGGCUGCGAGUAUGCCCUACUUAGAAAAAACUCGCUUAAUUAGAACAGAUCCGAUAACUUGUGCCAGAUACUUUGAUUAUCGGUUCAAACUGCUAUUCAAGCAUAUGAAGAGUCAAAAUGGACCCUUUAAACAAAAUCCCAUAGAGCAUCAUUAUUACCGCAUAGAAUUUCAACAUCGUGGGUCUCCUCAUGUUCACGGGUUAUUGUGGUUAUCUAAUGCUCCAAAAUUCCAAGAAACACCAGAAAGUUUCAAAGAGUGUGCCGAAUUCGCGAACCGGUAUAUUACUUGUAAUAGUGAUUUAGAAAGUGUCCGUGAUAUAAUUCAGUUUAAUACGCAUCAUCAUUCUAAAUCGUGUCAAAAAGAAGUGCGGGGACACAAAGUUUGCAGGUAUGGUAUCCCAUUCCUGCCAAUGGAUAAAUCGGUAAUUCUAACGCCAAUAAAAAUUGACAAAACCAAGGAAGCGGAUUUACGUAAGGCCAUGUCUGAAAAGUUUUUGAUGAUAAUGCGUAGGCUUAAAGAUAAACCAGAUUUGUCAUUCGAAAACUUUUUGGCUGACCUUGGUAUGUCUAAGGAUGAGUAUCUUAAUGUUAUACAGCACAACAUAUUUAAAACUACUUUAUUUUUAGAAAGGCAGCCAAAAGAUGGAUUUAUUAACAACUUUAAUGCUGAAAUGUUCUCCAUGAUGAAGAGCAACAUGGACAUUCAAUUAGUUUUUGAGCCAUAUGGUUGUUGUACCUACAUAGUCAACUAUAUCAAUAAGUCUCAAAGAGGUGUAUCUGAUAUUUUAAUGAAGACUAUGGAAGAAAUUAAAAAAGGUAAUUUAGAUGUUAAGGGCAAACUUAAAUCUCUUGCAGCAGCUUUCUUAAAUGCGAGCGAAGUAAGUGCCCAGGAAGCCGCCUACUGUGUGUUACAACUACCGAUGCACGACACCUGUACCUCCUAUGUAUACAUCCAUACAAAUCCAAUCAGGGAAAGGACAAAAAUGUUGAAACCAUUAGCACAACUUAAAGAAAUGGACAAUGACGAUCCCAAUAUUUAUUGUGAUGGUCUUAUAGAACAUUAUGAACAGCGGCCUGAUGAAAUGGAAAACAUAUGUUUAGCAGAGUUUGCGGCCUAUUAUGAUUUCUUUAAGAAACAGGCAGAAACAAAGGCUAACGGUUUACCCUUAAAAGAUGGAAGUGGCGUUUUAGUUAAAAGGGGUCAUGCUAAAAUUUUAGCCUAUCGUAGUUAUGGACUUCAGCAAGACCCUCUUAACUAUUAUAGGGAACAAAUAAUGUUAUACAUCCCAUGGAGAAAUGAAGUGGAUGAAGUUGAAAAUGAUAACAUUGAUCAACAGACCAUAUACAAAGAUCGAUACCAAGAAAUUGUUACAAAUCGACAAAAGUUCAAUGUCUUAGAUGAACAGGUAAUCGACGAAGCACUGAAACUUGCCGAAGACCGAUCAAAUCAAUUAGACGAUGGUGGAUUCGGUGGAGAAAUCGAUGAUGAGUUUAUGCCUUAUGGACUAGACAACCCCAUUUAUGAUCCAUUCAAUCACAUCAUCGAUAAGAAAGACGACGAAGCGCCAGUAAAACAUAUCGCUUUCCCAACGCCUCAUCAGAUAAGCGAUUCAGAGUAUGAAGCCCUCAUAAGCAAACUGAAUCACAAGCAGUAUCAGUUCCUUAAUGUUGUGCAAGACAGUCUAAUUGAAGGGGAACCUUUCUACUGCACACUUAGUGGUCCAGCAGGUACAGGCAAAAGUCACCUGAUUACAGCAAUAACUCAGUCGUUAUUACGCCAUUUCAAUUCAAUACCAGGUAAUAAUCCCGAAAGUUUAAAAGUUUUACUUUGUGCGCCUACAGGUAAAGCGGCAUUUAAUAUCGGAGGUAUAACCUUACAUUCCGCAUUAUCAUUACCUAUCGCUCAGUAUGGUGAACAAUUAAUUCCAUUACACCAUGACACCGUUAAUACUAUUUAUUGUAAUUUAUGUGACUUAAAAUUAAUUAUUAUAGACGAAUAUUCCAUGGUUGGUGCCAGAUUGUUUGACCAUAUUAACAGUAGAUUGCAGCAAAUUUUUAAAUCUGACGCCAUCUUUGGAAAUAUUCCAAUAAUUUUAUGCGGCGAUAAUCGUCAAUUGCCCCCAGUAAUGGAUAUGUAUAUUUUUUGUCCAGUAAAAACAAAUCCGUAUAAAGAAUUAUGUGGAACUUAUUUGUGGGAUCAUUUUAGGUAUUUUGAGCUUACAGAAAUAAUGAGGCAAAAAGAAGACAAGUCUUUUGCAGUUGCCCUAAACAAUAUGGCGUUUGGUAAAAUGACCGACGAAGAUGUAGAGUUGAUCAAGUCCAGGGAAAUUGACAAUAUUGACCUGAUUCCUGAAGACACUAUGCAUUUAUUUGCCACCAAUAGAGAAGUAGAUGCAUUCAAUGAAAUGAAACUUUCUACAUUUCAGACCGAGCGAGCAAUAAGUCAAGCCAGAGACGUAAUCAAAGGAAGUUGCUCAGAACGAUUAAAACAUUUAUUUUUAGAACAUGCUAAAAGUUUAAAAAAAUCAGAGAGUUUUGGCCUAAUGUUAAGUUUAAUAUUGCAGGUAGACGCUAAAUACAUGAUUUCAAUGAAUAUAGAUACCAGUGAUGGGAUAGUAAAUGGUGCAACAGGUAUCCUACGGCAAAUAGACUAUGACCAAAAUAAAGUUCCAUACAGAGUGUGGAUGGAGUUCUUUGAUUCCAAGUCAGGCAAGGAAUGCCGAAAGAGAAACGAGUCCCUUAGGAAGUCUAUGUAUUUAUCACCCACUUGGACACCCAUAGAAAGAGCUGCAAGAGCUGUUAAAGUUCAAAAAGGCAGCAAUGUUCACGUUGAGCGUCUUCAGUUUCCUCUUUUAAUCAGUGAAGGAAUUACAAUCCACAAAAGUCAAGGUGCCACCUAUGAACAAGUAGCUGUUCACAUUGGUAAGGGAAUGACGAGAACCAGUACCUAUGUUGCUUGUAGUCGGGCCACAAAGCUAAGUGGCCUCUACAUCAUUGGUAAGUUUAAGGCCCCUAAACCGGCAACCGAAAAGGAUGCUGCUUAUAAAGAACUGGUAAAUAUGCAAGAAAACAAGCUUUUAACAUCCAAGUAUAACACUCAGUACCUUAAUGAUUCCAAUGUCAAAUACAUUAUUGCUUACCAAAAUGUGCAAAGUCUACCAAAAAAUCUCAAUCUUAUAAAAAAUAAUCCCAUUUUUAAAGAUGCACAUUUCCUAAUUUUUGUUGAAACCUGGUUAUAUAAAAACAAAAAAAAUAUAAAAUUAAAUGAUUUUGAAGUGUUUGCCAACUUGAGUAACGAUCGACCUGUAAGUAAACCCUUUGGCAUAAUUUGUUUCAAGAAAAAAAAUGUGUCAGCAAAAAUAAAGUCAGUGAAAAAAUACACCAAAGAUUUCUCUGGUAUAGUUUUUCAAGCAAUCACAUUUUACUUGAAUGAAAUUUAUGUCAUAGCAGUUUAUAUUCCUCCAAAAUUGAGCAUUGUACAAGCUAAAGUAUGUUUUGAAGACAUUAUUGAUCAACAAAGUGAUAUACUAAUCAUUGGUGAUUUUAAUCAAGAUAUUAUUAAUCAAAAUGAAAAUGGUUUAAAAAAUUAUUUAAUAUCUAAAAGUUUAAGUUGCAAAUUGAGUAUUGGCGAAUCAACUACAAAAUCAAAAACUCAAAUUGAUUGGCUUUUUAGUAAUUUUAAUAAUUUAAGUUACAAUAUUUAUAAUACUGUUUACAGUCACCAUAAAUCUCUAGUGGUUAGUAUUUAUAAUAAAGGUUUUAUUCCGAAGCAGCUAAAUCAGAACGUUGAUAACAAUAAACCAUUCACAAAAGGUUUUAACGAACUAAAAUUUAAUACCAAGCAAAUCCAAACACAAAGUUCAUUAUUUGACUCUACUUGCCAAAGUGUAGAUAAUGACAUGGUAAUAGAUAUUAGUUCAGAUCAUGAAAACAAUCUCAACUUAUUUAAUAAACCACCUGCUUUAUUAAACAACGAUAUGGUGUCAUGUUAUGCAAAUAGCACCAUACAGUCAUUUUUAUGUUUGCCUGAAUUUCGCGUUUCUAUUUCAAAGCGAAAUACAGCGCUAAACAGUGCUCUAAAUGAUAUUAUGCUCACCAAAAUUAAUUCCACAUUAAAAGUUCGACAAUUGGUGUCUGGUCGAAAUGGUGAAAAUUUUGCUGUAAAUCAACAAAUGGACGCUCAAUCGUUUUGUCAAUCUUUAAUAAGAAAAUUAGAUGCAGAUGAUUUCGGCAUUUUUAUAAAAGCUAAUGUUCAUGAACUUUUAAAUUGUCAAAAUUGUAAUAUUAAUAUCAAUGAAGAUGGACAAGUAAUAUACACUCACUUUCUUUAUUUUCCUGAAAACUGUGGCAAUUUAAUUGACUUUAAUUCAAUGUUAAUGUUAAAAGACUCUGAUAGAAUGUGCCCACAGUGUGGCAAUAAUCUGAAAACACGCUCAGUGGUUACCGGCCAGAAAUAUUUGGUAGUAUGUCUUCAGAGAAUUGGCCCUCAAGGGAAUAAGAUAAAUGCUAAAUUUUAUAAUUUUGCUUCUGAAAGUGUUAUUUUAGAUGAUCAAAUAUUCAGAGUAAAAAGUGUUGUUAGGCAUCAUGGAAACACCAUUGGAUCUGGUCAUUAUACAUCUAUAGUUAAUUAUAACGAUCAGUGGUGGAAGUGUGAUGAUAAUCGCAUAAGUAGAAUAUCUAGUUUUGAUAACAGUUUAGAAGAUGUAUAUUUAAUACUAUUAGAAAAAUGUUAAAUUUUGUUAAAAUACUAGGACCAACCUAUUAAACGUAAAGAAAAUUACAAAUGGGCAAAGCAAUUUUAAAAAGAGUUUUGCAUUACCAAAAAUAAGCCAUAAGUGAUUAAUUAUUCGCUUUCACAAUGAAAAUCCCUUUUCUAAUUUCUUAUAUAUAUUGCUAAAUUGUUAUUUUGGACAAUCAAAUAGUUAGACUUUAAACAGAACUACAUAAAAAAGAACACAUUUUUAAAUGUGAAUAACUUUAUCUUUUAAAUCCCAAUGAUAGCUGUUAAAAAUAAUACUAGUAUCGAAAAAUGAGUUAAAAAAUGUAAAUAAAAUUAUUGGAAUGUAUAGACAAUUAAUUACCAUAUUAUUAUUUCAAAAUCUAUGCCUGUUUCAAGGGUAUAUUAAAAUAAAAUAGCAGUUUGGUAUUUGUUACAAUGAUUUAUUGAAAACGAGAAAUUUGUAUCGAUAAUAAACUAUGAUUGUCUUAUAGCUUUAGCUACAGCACCACUUGACAUUAAUAGCAACUUAAGUUAACAAAAAGGCUUAAACAAAAGUACUAAAACAGCUAAAAAUGCUAAAGUACCAAAAGCCCAAAAACACUAAGCUGCUAAAAAAUGUCCAAGUUAUGUUGUGCUAAAACAUUAAUCCAAUCAGGUACAAUGAAUACUAAUUUAUUUUUAUACUGUUUUGGUUGAGCAAUUACCAAAAUAACUGCAUAAAAAUAAUGUAAUAAUAACUAAGAAUUUAUUUAUUUAUUAAUGGUAAUGUAAAUAAAUAUAAACAUAAUUUAAUUUCAGAAUAGUUAACCAAAAGAUAAAGUUUUUUAAGCCUAGUCAAUUUUUGAGCCCGAAAAAUAGGCCUAUUUAGAAGUUAAUUACAAGUUAAGCAUUUACCUGAAUUACACUUACUUAAUUUAUUAUUAUUAUCUUAUAAAUGAAUAAAGUAUCAGUUUGGCAUUUUAAAUCCUAUUUAAAUUUGUAAAAAGGUAAUAAUCAUUACGUUUAAAUAAUAUAUGACCAACAAAUAGUUUUCACAUCAUAAUUGAAGUUAUCAUACUUUUCUUUCAUAAUGAUAAACUAUGAUUGUCUUACAGUUUUAGCUACAGUACCACUUGACAUUAAUAGCAACUUUGGUAAAUAAAAGGCUUAAACAAAAGUACUAAAACAGCUAAAAAUGCUAAAGUACCAAAAAGCCCGAACACACUAUAAGCUGCUAACAAAUGUCCAAGUUAUGUUGUGCUAAAAUAAUAAUCCAAUCAGGUACAUCAAAUACUAAUUUUAUUUUUGUCUGGUUGGUCAAUGUCAUUAAAGAUUUUAAUGUCUAAUAUAAAUAGACAAGUAUAAUGUUCUUAUAAUUUUGUAAUAUGUUUAAUUUGAAAUGUUAAAGAAAACAUAGUAAAAUAUAUUUUUUAAAGGGCAAGAAAAAAUUGUAGGCAAAUAUUUCUGUUUUACUAUUUUAUCACAUUUUAAGUAAUUUUUAUUAAUCUUUUAAAUGUAUCCAGUAUUAGUAUUGGUAUUUUCAAUCCUAUUUAAGUUUAUAAAAUGGAGAUGAAGUUUACAUUUAAAUUUACAUAUGACCAACAAGUACUUUCAACAUCAUAAUUAAUUGAAGUGAUCAUAAUUUGCUUUGAUAAUUAUAAACUAUGAUUGUCUUAUAGCUUUAGCUACGGUACCACUUGACAUUAAUAGCAACUUUAGUAAAUAAAAGGCUUAAACAAAAGUACUAAAACAGCUAAAAAUGCUAAAGUACCAAAAGCCCGAACACACUAUAAGCUGCUAACAAAUGUCCAAGUUAUGUUGUGCUAAAAUAAUAAUCCAAUCAGGUACAUCAAAUACUAAUUUUAUUUUUGUCUGGUUGGUCAAUGUCAUUAAAGAUUUUAAUGUCUAAUAUGAAUAGACAAGUUUAAUGAUUUUAUAAUUUUGCAAUAUAUUUAAUCUGAAAUGUUAAAGAAAACAACAAAUUACAUUAUUUCAAGAGCAAGAAAUUGUAGAAAAAUAUUUCUUUUUUUUUACUAUUUUAUUACGUCUUAACUCAUUUUUAUUAUCUUAUAAAUGUAUAAAGUAUUAGUAUAGGGAUUUUCAAUCUUAUUUUAGUUUCUAAAAUAGUAAUAACAUUUACGUUUAAAUACAUGACUGGCCAACAAGUACUUUUAACAUCAUAAUUAAAGUUAUCAUAAUUUGCUUUGAUAAUGAUAAACUAUGAUUGUCUUAUAACUUUAGCUGCAGUACCACUUGACAUUAAUAGCAACUUAAGUAAAUAAAAGGCUUAAACAAAAGUACUCAAACAGCUAAAAAUGCUAAAGUACAAAAAGCCCAAACACACUAUAAGCUGCUAAGCAAUGUUCAAGUUAUGUUGCGCUAAAACAAUAAUCCAAUCAGGUACAUCAAAUACUAAUUUUAUUUUUGGCCGGUUGGUCAAUGUUAUUAAGGAUAUUCAUGCCUAAUAUAUGAGCAUAAUUAUCUUAUAAUUUUGCAGUCUGUUUAAUUUUAAAUGUUGUUAUUCUUAUAUUAUAUUGUAUUAUCUAAGGGGCAAAAAAAAAUAGAACAAAUACUUAAAAACAGAAUUUAAAAAAUAUUCUCAUAAUGUUAAUACUUAAUAAACAAUAAUAUUAUACAUAUAAUGGUCAACAAAUUACAAGACAGUUUCAAUAAUAAUUGGCAGAAUUCAAGUAUAGUACAAAGGCUAAUACAUGAAUGAGUACCUACCUAAAUAGCUAAAAAAACGCUAAAAUAAAAGGUACUAAAAGCCUCAAAACAGUACAAAAAUUACUGGAAGUUGCCGGUUUUAUUGUUUAUACAAUUACGUGCAUAUUUAUGUAGCACUUUUUUCCAGUUGACCAAUUUUACAAUAUUGAGAUAAACUAGAAAAUAUUUGGCACUAGAGUAUUAACAAAUUGAGUAUUAUUAGUCAAGACAUGCAAAACAGUCAAGACUUAAUCGUAACUAUUGAUAAAGGAAUACUUUUGUUAUUUUUAAUAUCUCUCUAAAAAAAGAAUUAAAAUAUAUUUUUAUUUCAACAAAUAAAAAUAUAUUUUGGCAACUGUUGACUAGUUGGCCCCGCAGCAACAAUUGUCUA